UCUUGAUAGUCGUUAGUGUUUUUGGGGGAUUUCAAUGGCCCAAGCAGCCUCUGCAUCGGCUGAAUCUUCAUCAGCUCGUCGGUGGAAGUAUGAUGUGUUUCUGAGUUUCAGGGGUGAAGACGUUCGCAAGACUUUUCUCUCCCAUUUAUACCAUGAAUUGCAAAAGACGAGAAGGAUUUUUGCAUAUAAGGAUGAUGAAGAGCUUCAAGUAGGGGCACCUAUUUCUCCGAGUCUCUUAAAGGCAAUCGAAGAAUCAAGGUUGGCCAUCAUUGUUCUAUCGCCAAACUAUGCUUCUUCUCCAUGGUGUUUGGAGGAACUUACGAAGAUUGUUCAUUGCAUGGAAGACGACAACAGAAUUCUGCCACUUUUUUAUCAUGUGGAACCAGCUGAUGUACGACAUCAGAAGAACAGUUACGAACUAGCAUUCACUAGGCAUGAAGAAAAGUCAAGGCAUGGCAUAGAGAAGCUGAAGCAGUGGAGAGAUGCUUUAAAAACGGUGGCAAAUUUCUCCGGGUGGCAUACACAGAAUUAUAAGACGGAAAGAGAACUCGUCGAAGUCAUUGUGGACUCUGUGUGCAGUAAGGUACGACCAAUGGAAAUUGAGUUUUCAAUGUCAACCGGAGAUUUUGAAGAAUUUGAAGCAACAAGACAAGCCAUGUCUGAGGUGAUGGAUGCGCUAAAAGAUGAUACAGUCAUUGCCGUUGCGGUGUAUGGAAUGGGAGGGGUGGGGAAGACAACUAUGGUGGAACAGGUGGGUUUACGAGCUCAAAAAAGUGGGAUUUUCCAACAUGUGAUUAUGGUUGUCAUAUCCCAAACGCCCAACUUGAGAUAUAUUCAAGGCACAUUGGCAGAUCUGCUAGGCUUGGAAUUGAAGGAGGAGACAAACAUUGGAAGAGCUACUAGAUUGAAGAAGGAGAUAAUGAGAAGACACAAGAUGCUUAUAGUCUUGGACGACAUUUGGGAGAGAAUAGAUUUAUCAAGCAUAGGAAUUCCCAGCUACGACCAGCUUCAAAAUUGCAAUUCCAAAGUCCUACUCACCACAAGGAGAUUGAAUGUUUGUCAUUCCAUGGGGACCCAAUCAAGCAUUCCUCUGAAUAUCUUAUCAGAGGAAGAUUCUUGGAACUUGUUUGCGAAGAAAGCAAGAAAACAUCUUGAAAAAUCAACUGAAUUCUAUGAUGUAGCAAGGAAAGUGGCUAGCGAGUGUGCUGGUCUCCCGAUCGCGUUGAUAACUGUUGCGAGGGCAGUUGGAGAUAAGGAUCUUCAGGAAUGGAAAGAAGCAGCUGAACGACUUGAGAUGGCUCAACCUACUAACCUUGACGAUAAGGGAGAUGUGUACAAAUGUAUAAAGUUGAGCUAUGACUACUUGCAUGAUACUGAUGCCAAGUCAUGCUUCUUGCUUUGCUGCUUAUUCCCAGAAGAUGAUGAUAUCCCAAUAGAAAGCUUGUUGAAGUAUGGGUUAGGGAAAGGAUUGUUUCGAGAUGUCAACACAAACCAAACAAUUCAAAAAGCUAGAGCCACAAUGUACAUGGUGGUCAAGUAUCUUGUAGCUGCUAACUUGCUUUUGAAUGGUAUAGGGGAUGGAUACGUAAGGAUGCAUGAUGUUAUUCGAGAUAUGGCUAUGUCAAUUGCUUUGUCAGAAGAUGGACACGGGUUUUUUGUAAGAACUCGUCGUGAAUUAAGAGACUGGCCAAUCAAUGCAAAUGAUUGCUACUCAGCAAUCUCGCUGAUGGAUAACAACAUUAGCAAGCUUCCCAAAGAGUUGGUAUGUUCAAAACUGCAGAUUUUAUUGCUAAAUAGAAAUGCUGAUUUGAAAGAGAUCUCAGAUUCCUUGUUUCAAAGUCCGAAUGCAUUAAGGGUCUUAGAUAUUAGUCAAACUCAUAUUUCAUCAUUACCCUCAUCAUUCGGUCUUCUGUCCAAUCUUCAAGCUCUCUAUGUAGAUUACUGCAACUCAAGAAUUGACAUAUCCAUACUUACAAAACUGAAGAAACUUGAGAUUCUUAGUAUGAGAGGAUGUGAUAUUAAGGUAUUUCCUAUUAAAAUAGGACAUUUGACCACUUUGAGAAUUUUGGACGUCACUGGUGGACGUUUUGAUAGAGUUCCAUCUCAAGUGAUUUCAAAGUUGCAUAGAUUAGAAGAAUUGCGCAUGCAAUGUCAAUUUAAGGGAUGGCAUGGUAAAGGCGCGGGAGGCUUUUAUUCUGUUCUUUUUUAUAAGAAUGCUGGCUAUAAGAAUGCUGGCUUCGAUGAGUUAACUGGCUUGUCACGUUUAAACCAUUUGGAUGUAUCCCUAGCUGGUUCAGAAUGCUUGCCUAAAGCUAUCGAGUUUGAUCCAAAUUGGGUAAGCUUUAAUAUAUGUAUCAACAGAGGAUGGUUGUUCAGUAAUCCCACAUUGCUACGUGACUAUCGUUACAAUCAUUCCAGAGUCGUGACUCUUGACACAAGCAUCAAUACAUUACCGGAUUGGUUUAUCAAUGUGGUGACAAAGAAAGCGGAGACGCUAUUUUAUGUUGGAUCCGAGGGCUUGAAUAACAUUCUUGUGGAGUAUGACCAUGGAAGACUCCAGAGAUUGAAGUAUCUCCGUGUACAAUACGACGAGAACCUGAAAGAGUUGAUGAACACAACAGCACGACUUUCAAAUGAACCUGUAUUUCAGAGUUUGGAAGAUUUGUAUCUCUCUGACUUGCCUUGCUUGAAUAAAUUAUGUGUAGGUGAAUUACCACCUGGGUCUCUAUGUAAUCUGAAGAUAUUGGAGAUCAGAGGUUGUUCUGACUUGCUGAAUGUACUUUUACCAGCACAAUUAUUACAGAGACUACAAAGUCUGGAAAAACUAGAUUGUUCGAAUAUAGAGAAGCUGGAAUAUGUGUUUGGAUUUGAAGGGCUGGAGCCCGAACAAAGCAUAUUGACAAAUUUGAGAAUGAUGAGAUUGUAUGUAGGUGAAGUUGGUGAACUAACAAGCAUAUGGAAAGGUCCUGCUCCAUAUGCAAUCUUCUGUAAUCUUAAGCAUGUGAAAGUUGCUUGGUCGAACAAAUUGAAAUAUCUCUUCACAUUCGUUGUAGCUCAGCAUCUCUUACAAUUGGAAGACCUUUGGCUACAUGAUUGUGUUAGCUUGGACAGAGUUAUUGAAGCAAGCGAGGAAACAGUUACCAACAAAACACUAAUCUUUCCCGGAUUGAAGAACUUACUUCUGAGAGAUCUUCCACAACUGACAAGCUUCUGCACUCCAACUGGAAGUGCCACUUCAGUGGAUAUUGAGUGUCCUUCAUUGGAACACUUGUAUAUGCAUGACUGUCCUCAAUUGUUGAUCUCUGCUGCCGACUUCAACAGUAGGAACCAUGUACAACUUAAUUCUGAACAUCUGAUGUCGUCUAUAUACGGAAGGUAUGUGUUGUGCCACAAGCUUCAUUAUAAGCUAGUGUGCAGUAAACAAUGGUGUUCACUUAGUCAAUAACUGACCAACAAAAUUAUGUUCACAAAUCCUUUGAUGUAAAUUCAGAGGUGAAAAAUAAAGCAACUCAACUUAAAAAUAAUUAUCUUCCUUGUUGGAUUUACAUCCAAGAAUGGUUGAGCAUACUUUCCUCGUCAGUUAUUGACCAAGUGUAUAUUAUUGGUGGAGUAAAAAUUAUCUCAUUGUGAGUGCCAACAACACGAUGCCCCCUUUUCUUUUCUUUUUCUUUUUCCCUAACCUUGUGAAUUCGUGAUACGUAAAUUACAUAUUCAGUUCUAUGACAUUGCCAACUCAUUUUCUGUUUUAUUUCAAUUUGCUAUCUGAAGGUGGUUGUAAGACGAACUAAUCUUAGAAGUUUGGCCAUUCAUAUGUGCACGCAACUCAAAAAUGUUUUCACAUCUGAUGUAGCUCAGUAUCUUUUGCAAUUGGAAGUUCUUCGCCUAACAAAUUGCCAUAGCUUGGAUUGAAUUAUUGAAGCAAGCAGGGAAUGGUGAACAACAAAAAGAUUGCCUUUCCAGAAUUGCAGAGCUUACUUUUGCAAAAUCUUCCACAUCUGAAAUGGUUCUGCAGUCCUACUGGAACUGCUACUUUAUUGGUUGUUGAUUGUCCUUCAUUGGAACACUUGUAUGUGGGUGGCUGCCCUUUGUUGUUCUCUGCUUCUGACUUCAACAGCAGCAACCAUGUAGAACUCAAUAUGAACAGGUGGCCUGUCUCCGGGGAGAAGAGUGGCUAUUAGAUUGUUGAGUGGGGAGAAUUAGAAUGACGCACAGGGAUGAAGCUAAACAAUGAGAGGUUAGAUGUACAAUGGUCUAGAAGAAGAUUAAUGUGUAGUUAACUGUGUCAUGCAUGCUAAUGCUGCAAUAAUCUCUUACCCUUCUUCUAUGUGGAUGGAGCCUGUUGAUUCUGCUUAUAUGACUAAGGGGUGUAGGAGUGAUGGUUCACAGCCAUAUUGGUGAUCCUAUGGCGCGCAGCCAUUCGGCCCAUGCCAUCUCAUCACCUCUUUUGGGGUCCUUCCCUUUUCCCCUAAGUUAAUAAAGCUUCUAGCUUUGUCUAAUGGUUUACGGUUUGCCAAAAACUGGCUUCAAUGGCGUAUUUGUUGAAACUGAUGAUGAUGAAGCUGUAGUAUCUAUUGUUGAUGGUGAGUUUAGCUUGAUGGAUUUAUUGCUAAUGAUGUGCAGUUAGCCACUA